UCAGAAACGGUGCUGACGUGCUUAAAUCUGACACAUUUCACAACCCUGGGAGGAAAUUUCAGAUCAGACAAUAAAACGGGAUCUCUCGAGCUGUUUAUCACUCUUGACAGCCUUUCUUGACAACUGCUACACAGCUAUCUGCUGAUCUACUGAUCAGUCCUGGGAUCUAAAAUGAUUCAUCUUUGUCUCCUCCUAGCUUUGCUUCAGGUCUUGGUCACCACUAAUGGCUCACCAGUCCAUGAACACAAGCGUCCUGAUGCUGAUGAAGCAACACUGUCACUUGCUGAAUCUUCAGAGGGGUUGAGGAGGAGAAAGAGAGAGUGGAUGAUUCCACCAAUAAGAACCCCAGAGAACGACAGAGGACCGUUCCCCAAACACAUAGUGCAGAUUAAGUCCAGUUAUGCUAAGGAAGCUAAGAUGGUUUACAGCCUCAGUGGUGAAGGAGCUGAUCUGGACCCAAAAGGACUUUUCACCAUAAAUAGAAACAAUGGCUCGCUCUAUGUAAAAAGGGCACUAGACAGAGAGGACAAAGAUAAAUAUGUGCUUCAAGCUCAUGCUAUUGCAGCUGAUGGUGAGGACCGGGAAGAGCCCAUGGAGAUUAUUGUCGAAGUGAUUGAUAUGAAUGACAAUACGCCUGUUUUCACCCAAAGCCCUUUCCUUGGCAGUGUUCCAGAAGCUUCAGCAAUAGGACUGGAGUUCAUGACGGUCACAGCUACUGAUGCAGAUGACCCCAACACUGACAAUGCUGAUAUCAGAUACUCCAUCCUCAGUCAGAGUCCACAAGAGCCAGUCCCAGCCAUGUUCGUGAUUAAUCCUGUAACUGGAGUGAUUCGAGUGAACUCUGCAGGACUGGACAGAGAGAAAUAUCCUGUAUACACGCUGGAGCUUGCUGCUGGGGAUAUGCAGGGCGACGGUCGCGUAGGCAAUGGAACAGCGGUUAUUACUGUAACGGACAGGAACGACCACGCACCCCAGUUUGAAAAGACCUCGUACACCGUGUCCGUCCCAGAGCAUAAAGUAGGAGCUUUAGUGGUGAAGCUGCCGGUCACUGAUCAAGAUGACCCUCAGUCUCCUGCCUGGACAGCCAAGUUCAGGAUUGUUAAUGACACUGGUGGAUUCUUCAACGCUAGCACAGGACCAAACAAGCAGGAGGGCAUCAUCACCACUGCUAAGCCAUUGGACUUCGAGCAAACCAGCCAGUACACUCUGUUGGUGGUUGUGGAAAACGAUGUCGUCUUUGGCAAACCUCUGCCCACUUCCACUGCCACGGUCACUGUGGAUGUUCUGGAUGUGGACGAGGCUGCAGUAACUGAGGAGUGUUCAACGCCACUGAUCCCGUCUUCUUUCAAACUCUCCAGACUAGCUGUGGUUUUAAAAAAGUGGUAUCAGAAAAAAAAGGUUUCCGGCAGCACUUCUCACACUAGGGAACAGGAUUUUGCGUCGCUCCAGGAUCUCUUUAGGAAACUGAUCGUUGACGCUGAAGUCCGUUCCUCUCAGCUCCCGUCCGCGGCUCUUCACCAGCUCUUUCUGCUUGAAACGUUCAAAUUUGGCUACGAUUGGUCUGGGUCUGUGUGCCCCGGGUCGCUUAGCUCCUAUACGGUGAACACGAUCGAAGUUGAUGGUUUUUAUGGUGUCCUCCUGGAGCUUCAACUUCUAGAUGUUUGUGAAAACUCACCUACUCAUCAGUACAGCAUGACCAUGAUUCUGCUUCUGGCUUUGCUUCAGAUAAUAGCCAACAGGGCCGAGUCGUCAGCAUGGCUGCACCACAAGGGACCAGACCCUGAAGAUGCAGCAGUGGCAGCGGCUGGGCCUUCCCAGACUGUUCCAGUUCUGGAGUUUCCAGCAUCUUCAGCGGUGUUGAGAAGGAGAAAGAGAGAGUGGAUCAUUCCACCCAUAAGAACCCCAGAGAAUUACAGAGGACCUUUCCCCAAUCACAUAGUGCAGAUUAAGUCCAGUUAUGCUAAGGAAGCUAAGAUGGUUUACAGCAUCAGUGGUGAAGGAGCUGAUCUGGACCCAAAAGGACUUUUCACCAUAAAUAGAAACAAUGGCUCGCUCUAUGUAACAAGUGCACUAGACAGAGAGGCCAAAGAUAAAUAUGUGCUUCAAGCUCAUGCUAUUGCAGCUGAUGGUGAGGACCGGGAAGAUCCCGUGGAGAUUAUUGUCGAAGUGAUUGAUAUGAAUGAUAAUACGCCUGUUUUCACCCAAAACCCUUUCCUUGGCACUGUUCCAGAAGCUUCAGCAAUAGGAUUUGAGUUCAUGACGGUCACAGCUACUGAUGCAGAUGACCCCAACACUGACAAUGCUGAUAUCAGAUACUCCAUCCUCAGUCAGAGUCCACAAGAGCCAGUCCCAGCCAUGUUCACCAUUAAUCCUGUAACUGGAGUGAUUCGAGUGAAUACUGCAGGACUGGACAGAGAGAAACAUCCUGAAUACACAUUGAAGGUUGCUGCUGGAGAUAUGCAGGGUGAAGGUCGCGUAGGCACUGGAACAGCGGUUAUUACUGUAACAGACAGCAACGACAAAGCACCCCAGUUUGAAAAUACCUCGUACAGCGUGUCCAUCCCAGAGAAUAAAGUAGGAGCUGUUGUGGUGAAGAUGCCAGUGACUGAUGGAGAUGAACCUCAGUCACCUGCCUGGACAGCCAAGUUCAGGAUCAUUAAUGGUAACAGUGGUGGAUGUUUCGCUGUUAACACAGGACCGAACAAACAGGAAGGCAUCAUCACUACAGUUAAGCCGCUGGACUUUGAGCAGAACAGCAAGUGUACUCUGUUGGUGGUUGCGGAGAACGACGUUCCGUUUGUCAAGCCUCUGACCACGUCCACCACCGCGGUCACUGUGAACGUUCUGGAUGUGAAUGAAGCUCCAGUUUUUGAUCCAGAGGAGCAAAUCAUUUCUAAACCUGAAGACGUGGCGGUUGGCAGUGAACUGACCGUGUACACCGCCACUGAUCCAGACACAGCGAGGACUCAGAAAGUGACGUACCGUGUAGGUUCUGAUCCUGCUGGCUGGGUGAGUGUUGAUGGAGAGACUGGACUGGUCAAAGUGAGCAGCCCCAUGGACAGAGAGUCUCCUUUUGUGAAAGAUGAUAUAUAUAAAGCUCUGAUAUUAGCCAUGGACGACGAUCCAGUUCCAGCUACCGGUACAGGAACUCUUGUGAUUGAGUUGAAGGAUGUGAAUGAUAACGCUCCCACUAUUGAAGAGAGGGAGAUCAGAGUGUGCAACAAGCAGUCAGCUCCAGUGCUGCUGUCUGUGACGGAUGAGGACGGGCCUGGCUUUGCUGCUCCAUACAGAGUGGAACUCCUAGGAGACAGCAAGGACAUCUGGACCACCGUGAUGGACGAGACAAGAACUGGAAUUAGACUUGCGCUUAAGACUGCACUGCAACAGGGAGACUACAGUAUUGAUCUGAGGGUCUAUGACAACAUGACCUUCUACCAGGACAGCACCAUCCUUGCUUCUGUAUGUGACUGUACAGGAGACAAAGUCCGCUGCCCUCCUCAAUCUUUAUCUCCUGACUUGGUCUAUUAUUGUAUUGCAGAAUGAUCGAAUUCCUUCCCCCAAGCAUCCCUUAGGAGAAAAGAAGAGAUUAACCUAAGCAUAAAUAAGCAUAAAUAAAGCUGAAUUUGUCCAGUUAUAGGUUUCUGAGAUGUAGAGCCUACAAAAAUGUCAUUUUUUUUAUUAAACAUAUGUCAAAUUCUGUAAAUUAGCAUAAGGAAACUUACUUCUCAGCACUGUUUUAUUACAGUGUAUGAAAGGGUUAACUUUCCUUUGGCCUGUCUCUUCCCCAGUGACUAACAUGUAUUAAUAAAAUCAGACUCUGCUGAGGGUGCAAGGGUGUCUGCCCUUUCUACAUACUUACAGGCUGUUAAUAACUAUUGUUCCUCUUUCAUUCUGCAAACCAUUUGCACUUUUGACUUACUGGAUUUUGAUGUUGAACUGAGCACAUCCAGAGAUGGAGAAAAACAACUCCAUGUACGGGUACAAGCAGGUUACGACAUAUGUUAGAAUGUGGUCGAGCCCUUCCUUGGCUGCCUGCGAGCACGUGGGAAGGGCUCUCUGUCUGUGUGGGUAUAAAAGAGGGGACUUCCCCUUCUUCUGUGUGCUUUUGUGCUGAAUAAACUCUGUCUCUAUACGA